AUGUGUUCUGUGCAGACUGCAUUAGUUUCAAUUGCGAACAACCCAUCGUUACGAUACAAUAAUAUAACAAGCAACAUGAAAUUCUUCAUAAUUCUUGCUAUCAUUGCCCUGGUAUCUCCCUUGUAUGCCCAAUCUGAAGAAAAAAUAAUUGAGAAAAGAGGUUUAUAUGGUGGCAUUGGUUUGGGUUAUGCAAGUCAUGGAGGAGGUUUUGCGUAUAGCGCACCAAUAAUUACCAAAUCUAUUCAUAUCCCUACUGUUCGACUUGGAUAUGGUGGAUAUGGUGGAUAUGGUGCAUAUGGUGGAUAUGGACACUCUGGAGGAUAUAGAUGGUGAAAAAUUUAAAUUGUUCUAAAUUUUGUCCAUUGGUACUAUACCUUUGUAAUAUAUUAUUAUAAUAUUACAUUAUUGUAAU